GCAAGGUGGGAACCAAACCUGUGAUGCUCCAAUUGGAGGUGGACCACUCUACCUCUGCACCACAUGUGUCCCGCACCCUGCAAGGAGAAAUGACUCUUGCAGUUUUAUGUCUUUUUGUUUGGAUGGUGCUGUGUUUCAGUUACCUUUUACAAGUUUUAUCAUUAAUGAUACCAAAAUAAAAGUGAUACUUCAUGUGCUACAAAGUAGAUUAAUAAAACACAAGCUUGAUUUCACAUCCUUUAAAAUGUAAACUGUGUUUCCAGGUGGAAUCGAACAGGAAGUACAGAAUAAACCAACUUCGGAAUCAAAAACGAAUGGGAGACCAACCUUUCUUACAUUACCGGUCAGUUUGCAUGAGUUGCAACCUGCCCAAGGGCCGAUACGUCGUCAUCCCCUCCACCUAUGAUCCUGGUCUACAGGGAGAGUUCAUGCUGCGAAUUUUCACACAUGAGGGCUCAAGCUGCCGUGAACUGACGGAAGAAGAACCAAAAAAGGAAAACCGCCAGUGGAACCGACUCCAGCAGCCAGAUGUCCACUCCAAUGUCCAAGAACUCCCUCACAUCAACCCCAAGUAGUCCAGGCCUGAACAACAAGCAGAAGGUACUGUUCUUUAUUUCUCCUUAAAUAUUGUCAUUUCUUAACACAUAUCUUGAUGCUCAGAUCACUGAUGCCUCUGCUCUCUGAUUUUAGGAUCUCAACCUGGAGGGUGACGAUUCCCUCGGUGAAUCCAUAUAGACUCCUGCUGCAGCAGCCCACGUUAGGCCUAAAAUAUACAGAUUUUUCUUUUCCAUCUUCCCUCACAGUCCCACCAUCGAGGAGAACCACUCUCUUUUUUUUCAUUUUGCUUUUAAUGUGAUACAUAAUUUUAGUGAAAUGAAAAUCAAAAGCUUUUUAACUUUCUUUUUUGGAUUUGCAAUGUGUAACGAUGAUUACUGGAUUAACAUGAUAAUGGGCUACACUAAUAAUGAUUGCUACAUAUCUGUUGCAUGACGUGUGAUUCACAUUAAUGUUUAUUGAAAUGAUGCAAGAAAGUUUUUUGAAGAUAAUCAAUAAGCACUCUGUUCUGCUACUCUAUAAAUAAUCGGCACUUGAUCUAUAUAAAAAUAUAUAUAAAAAAUAUGAAAUACGUAAAAAAAAAAAUAAAAAAAACAACUCGGGUGGGAUUAUCCAAAUUUCCUUCCUCCCACUAACCAACAACUAUGUUAGGUAAUCAAUAUUUUUAACAAAUCAAAUAUGACUUGUGUGUGUACUGCAGGCAUUACAACACAAAAGUAUUCAUUACAUUCAUUAUUACAUAGUUAAGAGGAUGUCCUCAUGAACUAAUAUCUUUAUUAUUUGUUUCUUUAUUUUACUUUCAAUAUAUUACAUGAUAUCUAAAACAGGCUUGGAUUAUCUGUGUUUUGUAAUUUUAAUUGUGUUAUUCCAUAAUUAACAAGUCAACAACCAAAUCGACAACCAGUAAUGUCAACAAGUAGUGUUGACAUUACUGGUUCCUUUUUGAAUUCCCAUGAAUAAUUUUAAAUUUUGGUUUCAAACUCUUCACAGGCACAUUCAUACACUUCACUGUAGUUUUCAUUUUUUAGUCAUUAAUCUCCAGCACCCUCUGCUGUAUAAUGUCUGAAUAAAGAAAUGCACACUGAUUUUAAA